CACUUGACUGAAUGUCGUGUCGGUAUCGACUGUCAAACGUCAAAAUAUAAAAAUACUGCUCAUUUCAGUGUUGUUUUGUAGGAUUUUUUUGGCUAUUUCAGUAUUCCUUUAAACUGUCUGAUAAGUUUUUUUGACUGAACUACCCAGUCUCUUGAAAUCUGUAUACAAAACUAUUUUCUAAAUCGAAUUAUAACCUCAAGAGACGCUAUCAUGUCUGAAGAUAGCUCAGUAAACGCAAAGCACCGCAUGUUGGAAUUGUUUUCCGAAUUAGAUGAGGAGGAAAUCGACAACAUUGAACAAUGGAUAUGCAAUCAUUCAUACAGGAAGGAUUUAGAACGCAUCAAAGCUCUGCAAAAUACAGAGAAAACACUUAUAAAAAUUGGAAACUCUAUAAAGAAAAUUGUGCCUUUUGAAGCAGAAUUGCCAUCGGAAACAAUAAAGCCUCCGACUAUUGGGGACCAAGCAGAUUGCAAUAAGAUAAACACCUGCCAUGUGGACGAGUUUCUGUAUGAUGAUGAUGCUGUUGAUAAACUCGUUAAAAAAGGGAAAUUAAAGAAACAUUAUUGCACUGACUGUAAUUCCCGAAACAUACAAGAGUUGAUAUACAUUUCUCAUUCAAUGUCUUGUAAAGCACUUCAAUAUAUAUUCAAAGUGUUGUUACCAAGUGACUUGGAAGAAAAACAGAUUUUGGAUGUUGGCUCUCGCCUAGGAGCAGUCCUUUAUGGUGCGUAUUACUUCUCUAAUGCAGGCACAAUUGUGGGCAUAGAAAUGAAUGAAGAAUGUUGUGAUGUUCAAAAGAGAAUCAUUGAGCAGUAUACUAUGGAUGUUAAUAGGAUAAGAGUUGUCCAUUCUGAUGUAAUGGAAAGGAGUGAUCUGGUCGCAAAUUCUGACAUCAUUGUUAUAAAUAUAUUGGAAUUCUUUGUAGAUAAUGAAAAACAUAAAGAAAUGUGGCAUUUCUUUAAGAAAUACAUUAAAAAGGGGAGCUAUCUAGUCUGCAACAGAAGUAUGACUGACACAUUAGUGAAUCUUGAUAUAUUUGAAGAAUUCAUGGACUGGCUAAGUGUUUGCAAACCUAAUCAAUUAGAAAAUGAAAUAUUUUUUGAUGUUGAAGAUUACAGUGAAUUAUACUUGUAUACAGUGAAUUAAAACUUCUGAACAUAA